AUGGCAGACGACAUCCUCCAGUGCGUUCACAAAGAGUUUAAAUACGUCCUGAUAAGUAGCGACAUAAAUGACCAAAUCAAAGAGCUAACCUUCAGUGGGAGCGAGAGGAAGUUCCAAAGCGUUCUGGCGUCUUACUUUAGGAGAAUCAUUUUUGACGAGAAGGGAAAAAAUGAGCUGAAGGAGUCGAUAAAGGAGAAGCUUAAAGUGAGUAAAGAAAAUGAUGAUGGAACAAAUGGACCAACUGGAGGAGAGCAAAAUGGAGGAAAACAAAACGGAGAACAGACAGGAGGGGAACUAAACGCCAGCGCAAUAACCCCAGACCUAAUCAACAACGCAGUGGAAUCAUCUCAGACGUAUCAAAUAAUCCCGUUGACCAUUCCCACGGAGAAAACAAAUUUCUUUGCUGUCAACUGCUACAUUGAUGACAUUGGACGUAUAAAAAAGUUACCCUACAACAGUAGAGCGUCCAGAAUCUGUAGUACAGAGAUUUAUGGAGAUGCCUUCCUGUCAAAGACGUACGAUAAUGAGGAUUUCCGGAGGUGCGAUUUUACCAUUUCGGAAUAUGAGCAGUUUUUGCAGAAUCCCCCCAAGGCAGAAAAUAGGUGGGACCAGGCGCAAGCGAUGCAAGACCUGUUGAAACAAAUGAAGACCCAGAAGCAGGAAAGCACCACCGUCAGCGCGCCGACUGAGCGCCCGAAUGUGUGCGAACAUUGCUAUACGGAAAAGAACCUCAAGAGAUGCGGAAAGUGCAAGAAGGUUUACUACUGCUCGAUAGAGUGCCAACGAAAGGACUUUGUUUUUCACAAAAGAAUUUGCUUAUGA